UGUGGCGGCUAUUCAGCUGAUAUUAUGUUUCUAUUGGACACCUCAUCUAGUAUUGAACUAACAGAUUUUGAUAAACAGCUGAAAUUUACCCAAGAUGUGGUCAAGAUAUUCGAUAUUGGACGAGAGAGGACUAAAGUGGGUGUGGCCCUGUUCAGUACCACCGUUUACCCCCAGUUCAGUCUAGAUGAUUAUAACAGUAAGGGACAUAUCGUGGAUCGUAUUGGUAAUAUAAGCUAUCGAGGUGGGCGAACCAACACAGCUGAAGCUUUGUCUUAUCUACGUCAAAAGGUUUUCACCAAAGACAACAAACGACAGGGGGUGCCUCGAAUCGCCAUCAUCCUUACAGACGGGCUUUCUAACUAUCCUGAUAAGACAGCUAGAGAAGCUAAGGAGCUCCAUCUCGAUGGGGUGACGGUGUUUGUGGUCGGGAUAGGACCGGCAGUAGAUGAACAGGAGCUUAAUGACAUCGCCACAAAUCCCGACGAAAUCCACGCCUUCCAUGUGUCUGAUUUCGACGCCUUGGAAUCCGUCAAGAAAACACUCGCUCUCAAAACUUGUGAAGGUGAGUGGCCGAUUGUAGUGGAAUCCAGUUUGGCACCAUUUACUUCUCCGUUGACUUUGAAGAGAAAACAAGGAUAA